AUGACGACUUCAAGGCGUUUGGCUGAUAGGAAGGUGGAGAAGUUUGAGAAGAACAUAACAAAGAGAGGGGCGGUUCCUGAGACAACCGCCAAGAAGGGCAAGGAUUAUCCUGUUGGCCCUAUUCUCCUUGGAUUCUUCGUCUUUGUUGUCAUUGGCUCAUCUCUGUUUCAGAUAAUCAGGACUGCUACAAGCGGAGGCAUGGCCUAA